AUGGGAAAGCAAAAAACUCAUAUCAAUAUCAUUGUCAUGAGACACAUGAAUGUGGGCAAGUCUACCACUACCGGCUGUCUGAUCUACAAAUGUCAUAGCAAUGACAAAAGAACCAUUGGAAAGUUUGAGAAGGAGGCUGCUGAGAUGGGGCAGGGUUCCUUCAAGUACGCCUGGGUCUUAGAUCAAAUGAAAGCUGAGCAUGAGGGUGAUAUCACCCUUGACAACUAUCGCCCUGUGACUCUCACUGAUGCUCUGAUACACAGAGAAUUUAACAAAAAUAUGAUUACAGGCACAUCUCAGGCUGAUUAUGCUGUCCUGUUUGUUGCUGCUGGUGUUGGUAAAUUGGAACUUGGUAUCUUCAAGAACAGGAAAACCCGUAAGAAUGCCCUUCAGGCUGUGAAACAACUAAUUGUUGGUGUUAACAAACUGGACUCCACUGAACCAGUCUACAGCAAGAAGAGAUAUAAGGAAAUUGUUAAGGAAGUCAGCACCUACAUGAAGAAAAAUGGCUACAAUCCUGACACAGUAGCUUUUGUGCCAAUUUCUGGUUGGAAUGGUGACAACAUGCUGAACCCAAGAGCUAACAUGCUUUGGUUCAAGGGAUGAAAGGUCACUCAUAAAGAUGACAAUGACAGUAGAACCACACUGCUUGAAGCUUUGGAUUGCAUCCUACCACCCACUUGCCCAACUGACAAGCCUCUGUGGCUGCCCCUCCAGGAUAUCUACAAAAUUGGUGGUAUCAGUACCAUCCCUGUGGGGCAAGUGGAGACUGGAGUUCUCAAAUCUGGCAUGGUGGUCACCUUCCCAUCAGUAAAUGUUACAACUGAAGUAAGGUUUGUUGAAAUGUACCAUGAGGCUUCCAGUGAAGCUCUUCCUGGUGACAAUGUGGGCUUCAAUGUCAAGAAUGUGUCUGUCAAUGUUCAACAUGGCAACAUUGCUGGUGACAGCAAAAAUGACCCACCAGUGGAAGCAGCUGGUUUCACUGCUCAGGUGAUUAUGCUGAACCAGCCAGGCCAGAUCAGUGUUGACUGUGUACCUGAACUGGGUUGCCACACAGCACACAUAACUUGCAAGUUUGUUGAGCUGAAACAAAAUAUUGAUCAUCAGUCAGGUAAGAAGCUAGAAGAUGGCCCCAAAUUAUUGAAAUCUGGUGAUGCUGCCAUCAAUGACAAGGUUUCGAGCAAGCCCACGUGUGUCAGCAGCUUCUCUGACUAUCCACGUUGGGAUCAUUUUGUCAUUCAAGAUUUGAGCCAGACAGUUGCUGUGGGUGUCAUCAAAGCAGUGGAGAAGAAGGCUGCUAGAGCAAGCAAGGUCAUCAAGUCUUCCCAGAAAGCUUAGGAAGCUAAAUGA